AUGAGAAUUGACAGAGCAUUGACCACUGCUGCUGCUGCAGGUUACUUGAGAUUGCCAUUCACUAAGAUCACGGAUAACUCUCUGGCUAAGAGGGCUGACGAUGACUACUUGAAUGUGCAACUUGACAACGAACAAAUCUUCUACGGUGUUGAAGUCAGCAUUGGUAGUGACAAGCAGAACAUGACUCUGCUUGUGGACACUGGUUCUUCUGACUUCUGGGUCCUUGGUGCUCAGAACCCUUACUGUAAGUCAAACAGAGGUAAGAAGCCAAAGAAGAAAGAUCAGCCAUCCAGUGUUGACCCCGGCAGGAACGGUUACCCAACUAAGGCGGAGGCUAUCCCAUACGCUGAGCGUACCUUCGAUUGUAGUGACUUCAAAACAUUUAACUCUUCUUCAUCUAAUACAUUCAAGUCUAACGAUACUGACUUCUUCAUCACUUAUGGUGACGGUUCAUAUGUUGAAGGUACCUGGGGUACUGACCAGGUGGCAUUGGCAGGACAGACUUUGGAGAAUGUCACUUUUGCUGUCGCAGAGUUGACUAACAACAGUUACGGUCUGUUGGGUAUCGGUCUACCUGAAUUAGAAUCCAGCAUCACUAUCGAUACUGCUCAAUUGACAAACACUUCAAGUGUUAAGAAGAACCCAUACAUGAAUUUCCCAGAAUCUCUAAAACUAAACAAGUUGAUUAACAAAGUAGUAUAUUCUAUCUACUUGAACAGAACCAAUGACAAGUUUGGCUCGAUCCUAUUCGGUGCCGUUGACCACAACCGUUACGAUGGUAACUUAACUACCGUUCCAUUGGUCUUCAGCAACAGAGACUUCGGUACACCAAGACCUAACGAAUUGAUGGUCACUUUGAAUGGAAUGUCCUUUGAAGCCACCGAUGGUAAUGUGACUCAGAUUUUGAACGCAACUUCGAAGUUCCCAGCUUUGCUGGAUACUGGUAGCACUGACACUCACUUGCCAGUUGAUGUAUACAACGCCUUGGCUGAAAGCACUAAUGGUACUUACGAUCAAACUCAGAACAAGAUCCGUAUUCCAAAGUGUCUAUCCAAGAAGGACAAAACUAUCCUAAACUUCUCUCUGGGAGGUGUUAACAUUGGUGUCCCAUACAAGGAAAUGGUCAAGAAGAUUAAGGGUAAGUGCUACAUAAAUGUUGCUCCAACUGGCUCAGACUUUGCCAUCUUGGGUGAUGAUGUCAUUAGAUAUGCUUACAUGGUCUUUGAUUUGGAAGAUCGUGAAAUUUCUUUGGCUCAAGCAUCUUUCAAUGACACUUUGCCAGAAGACAUCGAAGUUGUCGUCAGCACCAUCCCAGGUGCCACUAGAGCCUCAGCUUAUUCUGAAACAUACUCCCCAACUUUUGCUGUCCCAAGCGCCUCUUCAAGCGGUAACACCUCCUCAAACGGCAGCACAAACUUAACCAGGAGAUUUGAAAGGAGGGACAUUCCAUUGGAAAACAAAGGUGUCCCAACUUCUCUAAAGGGCUCUGUCGCAGCUAUCCUGUUGCUGGUCUUGUGGAUUGCAUGA